AUGAAGCGUUUACAAUUGUUUAGUUUCCCACGGUUCAUGACCAAUAAUAAUACCCAUAAUAACAAAUAUAAACUAAUACAUGACCAGCCCUCAAAUACCGAAUUCCAGGAUAAUUCUAACGCUGACACUAAUAGCAAAGAUAAAAACAUGAUAGUCAAUUCCCUAUUGUUGAGCCUUCCUCCCAAAAUACUAGAUGAGAUAUUGUUUUUGCUUUCCGAUGAUACAAGCACCCUGCUAUCAUUGUGUUUAGUUAAUAAGCAUUUAUACGACCUAGUAUCCGUUAAAUAUUUAUAUAAACAUAUUAAGUUAUCGAGCAAAUUAUCCUUAUUUAAGUUUAAUGUUAUCAUUCAUUCAUUGCAAAAAUACCAGAUGGUUAGCAAGAAUAUUCGAUUUUUAGUUAACAAGAUUGAAUUUAUAGACCCCGAAUGUCAAGAUAGUAUCUUGAAAUAUAGCAAAUAUUAUGAACGAGAUGUUGCUGUAAUUGCAGGAUCUUACACUUAUCAACAACAAUUACCGGACAUGUCUUUAAAUAUCAAUCAUUCGAGAAACACACCGACAACUCAUGUUAAUUAUGAUAAAAACCACAUUGGUGAUGAUAAGAAUACUAGUUUUAAAAACAAUUCGUCUAACGAUUUUACUCCUGCAUUUAGUUCUGGCAAUAAAAAUGAAAAACAUCACUUGAUAAGAUCUGAUGUUUAUAAUAAAUUGUUAAGAAAGUACUCAAAAUACACCUAUAUUGAAUUGAUGCUAGAUAUUAUAGAUUAUCUACCGAAUUUGAGAGUCAUAGCACUAACUAAUAUAACUCCUAAUUUCGUUAUACCCUCCUGGUAUUCAAUACUAAACGACGGAGACAGGGCUUUUUUCACAAAAAUUUUGAAGGGCGAGCAAAGUAUGAAUAGGGAUGACUUUAAAAGUUUCCAAAUGAGUAAAGAAUGGAUUGACAGCUAUAAUGAAAAAAUUUACAACGUUCCUAGGUUCAAAACACUAGAACUCACGGGCAAAACAAACGAAACAGUGUUAAGGCCAUAUUUAUUGUUUUGUUUUGGUGUUUUUGAAGAAUUGAAACUAACCAAUAUCACUAUAGAUUCAAACUCAUUAGAAACACCAAUGGAAGUUUUGCCUUUACAAAUGACUUUGGAUUCGAAAGGAUAUUUAGAUUUAUAUUCUCCAAUAACAAGCUUAACUUUAAAUAAUUGUUCCAUCGUGGUCAAACAGGGUAUUUUCAAGAAGAUUCACGACUACUUUUUAAAAUUAAAACGUUUACAAUUAAUUAAUAUUAAAAGUAAAUAUGAUCUUUUGUUAAGUAACUGUUUCCCACUUUUGUCUAACUUAACUAUAGACUGCAAUAGUCCAUGCUUUACUACUAAUUUUGAAAUGGUUAACGAUAGCUAUUAUUAUGAAAUUAUUGAAAUUAGUAAUCCGAACACUACUGAUAAUAAUAAUAAUAAUAAUAAUAACCAUGGAUAUAACGACUCAGAUUGUAAUUCUUUGCCUGAAACUUUAGUCAAUCCUCAAUCAGUUGUAUUUGAAAAAAAACUAAAAUAUCCACCACCAACGUCACCAGUGAUCUUUACAUAUAUUAAAGACUCACACAAAUUAAAUGGAUUAGUUAAUAAUGCGAAGCCACGUCAAACUGCCGCUUUGAUUACCAUAGAUCAACAUUCCCAUUUUACUAGUUUGAAAAUACCUGAUUUCCAUGUUUUUUACCAUUAUAAUCAUAAAAUAUGGAAUAAAUUACCCAUCAAAAAUAAAAAUAUAAACUUGAAAAUCGUUAAUAUACCCUUUACAAAUGUUUUCCCGAUGUCCCCAGAUUCAUUAAAUGAGUUAUUUGUUGGAAUGCUAAAUGACGAUCAAAUAACCUUAUGCGAUUAUAAUGCCUCGGCUUGCUCUGGUGAUGAAAACACUUAUUGGUGGGAAGAUAUUGUAAAACAUUAUAUGCCUGAAUUAAAUGCAAAUUUGAUUAAUGGGUUUCAAAAUGUUAAGUUGUACAAAGAUAUUCCAAAUGUAAAUCUAUGGUUUUUUUUAAAACUUUGUUCUAACUUUAAAUCUGUGGAAAUUAACAUGCUAAGAAAAUGGUUGUUCUGUACUCCCAGAACCAGAUUUGAUUGGGAAUUACUUUUAAAACCUUUAUUAAAUGGUCAAACGCCUGUAAAAGUUAAAGAUAAAGAUGGGUUUAUACUUUAUAAAUAUGGUUGUUGA